AAAGAAGGGUCUUGACAUGGCUAAUACAAUUUCAGAGAAAUCUAGUCCUAUUAAUACUAUGAAUAAAUGCUCAUUGGUCUUUUUUUGGCAUCGAUUAUCCAGAGGUUUCUCAGAAGAUUGAUAUAAUACUACAACCAUAUGCGUAGCAGAUGACUUAGCGACAUAGCGAAUGUGUAUUAUAUAGAUUCGGUGAUUGUAUUAAUUGUACCCCUCCGAGUGGAUUUCCAAACCUUUGUUCGUGUCCGAUAUCAUUCCCAAGCAUGAAAGAUUACUCAGAAAAUCGCUCCCAACUAAACUGAUUGCUCGGACCAAAGAAUCCGUGACGAGAAAAUAAUAUAUAUGCGGUAAUACAAACUAAAAUCUAGAAAAAUUCUAAAUUUUCUUAGGUCUUAGGUUGUACUCCCACAUGUAUAUGAAUAUGUUCAUUCGCGGACGAAUAUAUGGUUUUUCAAUACCAAACCAAUAAACCAUAUUCAAGAAUGGCUGGCUUCUAGUCUGAUAUCGUUUCGACUAAUGAACCCUAAUAAACUCUUUCUCGCGGACGAACAUCACUUAUAUUUCUGUUAUUCUAGCACAUGAUGAUCACAAGAAUUAGUUUAAUCAUACCGAUACUCACAGGUCUUAUCUUUCCUUCUGCGACUAAACCAGUAGAUAGUGAAGAUGAUGCGUUGGAUUAUCUGAACCGAUUUGGUUACAGUUCAUGCAAUGCCUCACUGCCUGUUCAGUGUAGUGAAAACUUUGCGUCGAUGCUCAUAGAAUUUCAACGUUAUUUUGGAUUGAAUAUGACCGGUGUUGUUGAUAAGGAAACACAGACCAUUAUGAAUCUGCCACGAUGUUCAGUGGUGGAUAAGCCAAAUGAAAACAUAUUGCAGAGAAUCAGCAAUAAAACGUGGUCUCGUCUCUCUCUCACCUAUCGCCUUGAAUCGCACGCCCAUUUCCAUCAAAUAAGUUAUGCAAAUCAGAUUAGCAUCGUGCAGGAUGCAUUUAACGAAUGGUCAAAAUACACGCCUUUGACGUUUGAAAUGGUCUGUAACACAUGUUUAUCAGAUAUUGUACUGCAAUUUGUGGAAGGCGAUCAUGGCGAUGGUGCACCAUUUGACGAGAAAACAUUAGCACACGCGUUUCUGCCAACUGACGGUAGAAUCCAUCUCGAUUCCCAAGACACAUGGACAGAAUUGUAUAAUUCGACAUCAAAAACGGUAAUCAAUCUGUUUCUUGUCACUAUGCAUGAAAUAGGUCACGCGUUAGGUCUUGAACAUGUAAAGAAUAGACAGUCGAUCAUGUUCCCGACCUAUCAGCUGAAACAACGAUCUGACGUUCUAACAUCCAUUGAUCAACAAUCGAUACAAGCUCUUUAUGGAAAAAAGGCUGAGGCAGACUGUACAACUCCAAGAACUUCGACACCAACGGCGAUAGCAAUGUGCACAAAAACUGUUCUUCUUCUCAGUGACGAUAACACAGUUGCAAAUGAUGCACUCGCUGCCCAAUUACGAAGUUCCGGAAUGACUGUAAGAACCAUUAACAAUGGCAUCUUAACUUACUUAGGUACACCUGAACCAACUACAUUUGAUGUUAUUGUUUUGAUCACUGGAAAUAAGUACAAUGCUGAUAUGCCAUUGGCCGGUCAGAUGGCGAUUGUGAAUGCACAAAAGAUAGGAACAAGUGUGGUUAUGACUGAAUGGGCUGCUUUACAUGUUUCUGAUAAAAGAUGGCAAAUACUAGCUUCACUUGUUCUUCUCAGUCGAGUAGGAAAUGGUGUUUCAUCUGUUUUAACAUUUAACCUCACCGAAACUAAGCAUUCGAUAUGGACCGGAUUACCAAAUGCGUUCAGAACUGUUCACAGAAUGAGUGCUAACACUGGUGAAUUGAUCAAUAAUGGUACGAUGAUAGCUAGGUGUCAAGAAUGCGGUCGAAAUCAAAUCGGUGUUGCUGUACGAGAGAAUCUAGGAGAAGGACGUAUUGUUCAUGUGGCACAUGCUGGUCAUUACAGCGGAAGCAGAGGUACAUUUUCAUGGUCUAAUAACAGCGAUCCGUAUCUUUCACAAAUGAUGGUUAAUGCUGUUAAUUGGGCUAUCAUAUGUGUUUGA